AUGGCAGCAAAUGAUGCCGUUAAGAAUCCUUGGUUUAAAAACCAACCUUUACCAAGCCCCUCACAAGACUGUUCAUUACAAAAUGUGAUGGAUGAAGAGCUAGCUAGAGUAUUACAACGAGGGGAAGAUAAUCCAACCCAAUUUCAACAUGGAAACAUCAAUCUUGUCGACCAAGUCAAUCCUACUUGUGAGAGUGAUCAUAUUUUAGCCCAGAUGCUACAAAAUCAGUACGAUUUCGAAUAUGAUCAAAGUUUAGAGCUAGAGGAAAGAAAGAUGAAUGGAAAUAAUGGAAAAGUUACCAUAUCAUAUGAUAACUAUCGCUGUAUGCAUCCUCUGGAUAAGGAAUAUUACUAUACCACUGCUACUGAUGAAACGUACAACGAUAACGAGGACAAGACUGAUACAAAGCUGCCAAAAAAGAAUACAAUCACAACCAAGCAUGACUACGAUAUCUGCUGUCGGAAGAAUACUAAAAGCAUGGAAAGUAAAUUUCCUCCAAAUUUUCGAUGCGGUGAUUUAAAUGAUGCAUCAACUGAAGUCAAGAUACCUAAUCAUGUCUACAACUCUUUAAAACAACAUUCAUUCCGUGAAGAUCGUCAAAGUCAUCGACUUCAUGAAAAGAAGGAACAUUCAACUCAUGAGCAAGCACUAGACGAAAAAACCCGUUUACUAAUAUACAAGUUAGUUAAUAAUGGUACUUUGGAGAAUGUUGGAGGAUGUUUUAGUACUGGUAAAGAAGCUUGCGUAUUUUAUGCAACGGGAGGACAACUUGAAAAGAUAGAUCUGCCCGCCGAAUGUGCCAUCAAAGUAUAUAAGACAACGUUAAACGAAUUCAAGAAUCGCGACGAAUACAUUAAAGAUGAUUACAGAUUUAAGGAUAGAUUUAGUAAACAAAAUCCUCGGAAAAUUGUUCGGUUAUGGGCAGAGAAAGAAACACAUAAUUUACACAGACUACAAGCAGCUUCCAUCCAUUGCCCUCAACCACUUUUGCUACGAAAGCACGUAUUAGUAAUGAGUUUCAUUGGUCUUAAUCAGAAACCUGCGCCGAAGUUGAAAGACGCUAAAUUGUCUUACUCCGAUAUCACUGCCGCUUACAACCAGUGCUUGCAGGCAAUGAAAACCAUGUAUCACAAGGCAAAGUUAAUUCAUGCCGAUCUAAGCGAAUAUAAUAUUCUAUGGCACGAAAGUAAAAUUUGGAUUAUUGACGUCAGUCAAGCCGUUGAUAGAUCUCAUCCUAAAUGGGCAGAAUUCUUGCUCCGGGAUUGUAGAAAUAUUUCCCGAUUUUUUGAGCAACGACUAACAAAUGAUGUCAAAACUCCUAUGGAGAUUUUUAAUUUCGUUACGGAAUUGAAUAUUUCUGCUAACAGCGAAGAAGAAUUUUUACAGAUGGUUAGAACACUUGAAUAUAUAUCCUCCUAA